UAUGUUGUUACAGUGAACUAAUCCACCAAACAGAAGAUUCCGCAACCGUCGAGCGAAUGCGUUGUUUACAUGCGCAUUCAAACAAACGAAGCCUGACAAUUUCCCGCCACAACAACAACUGUCAAAGCUGGCGGCGACCGCAACAGUUCGUGUUCCGGGAAAAGUCUUGUAAAUUCAGGCACCGUACAUGUUGUGAGGGUCUUUUUUCUGAGUGUUUGUUCGUCGUCGCUUGUUCGUUUCAAUAUUCACCGGUCGCUCCAACUGUUCUAUCGAUAGUCGAGAGAAAGCAAUGGAUGCAGAACAGCUACCGUUUCUGGCGGAGUACUCCAAGAGCAAUCGGGCAAUGUGCCGAUUGUGUAAGCAAGCGAUCGCCAAGGAUGUGCUUCGGCUGGCGGCGAUGGUCCAGUCGCCGAUGCACGAUGGCAAGGUGGCCCAAUGGUACCACGACGAUUGCUUCUUCAAGAAGCAGCGCCCCGCGACCGAGGGUGAUGUGGCCAACAUUGAGGCACUGCGCUACGAAGAUCAGAAGAAAAUACGCGAUGCAAUCGCUGUGUUUGCCAAAGGGGUUGUUCCGGUCGCGGGUAAGGGUAAGGGCAAGAAACGCACAGCAGUAGAAGCCCAAUCGCUGAAGGAUUACGGAGUCGAGUACGCUCCGUCGGGACGGGCCAUGUGUCGGGGGUGCGAGAUCAAGAUCCUGAAGGACGAGAUGCGCAUUAAGAAGGUGGCGUACGACACGGAGGUGGGCAUGAAGUACGGCGGACAACCGUUGUGGCACCAUGCGGAGUGUUUUGCAAAGCUCCGUUCCGAGCUGGGCUACUUCGAGAAGGCAGAGUCGUUGCCUGGCUACCGCUCGAUGAAACCGGAGGAUCAGAAAAUUCUCAAGGGUUUGUUGCCUGCCAUCAAAGCGGAGGAUGUACCGGCCAAGAAGGUGAAGGAAGAGGUGAAAGACGAGGUGGAUAAAGCGGCAGACGCAACAGAGGAAAAGAAGAUGGCGGAACAGCAGAAGGCUUACUACGCGAUACGCGACAAGCUCAAGUCACUGGGGGUUAAGAAAUCGGAAUUGAUCGAAAUCCUGUCGCUGAACAAACAGGACAUACCGGAAGGCAACGAUCCGGUGCUGGACCGUGUGUGCGAUACGCUUAUGUUCGGCGCCCUGGAACGCUGCUCGAAAUGUGGCGGCCAGUACGCGUUCCAGAAGUCGGCCUACGUGUGUCAGGGCGAUUUGUCCGCGUGGGUGAAAUGCAUGAACACGGAAAAGGCACCGCCGCGUAAGAAAACCAAAAUUCCGGAAGAGCUAAAGUCGGUUUACUCGUUCCUCAAACGGUACAAGUCGGUCAUUAGCGAUCGUGUCGUUCGGUACGUGCCGCCCAGUGUGAAUACCGUGAUGAAGGGCGUAAAGAAGGAGGAAGAGCUACCGUCCGAGCCGAAGAUUAAGCGCGAGAAGCCCCCGCUGUACGACAUGGAGUUCGUUAUACUGGGCAAAACGGCCACGCCGAAGGAUCAGCUGAAGCUGAAAAUUCAAAAGCUGGGCGGUAAGGUGGUCACGAAGAUCGCUAGCCAUACGGCGGCCAUCAUUUCCACGCCCGAGGAGGUGGAGCGAUUGGGCAGCCGUAUGGCGGAGGCCAAGGAGCUGCAGAUACAGGUAGUGCCGGAAGACUUCCUGGAGGAUGUGGUGGGCGGUGGUGCCAUAUCGUUCAUCACUAGCCGCUCGAUCUGUGACUGGGGCUCGGAUCCGCUCAAGCGCAUCCCGACGGAGGAAGAGAGCAAAUCGCGCACGAAGAAAAGCAUCUACGAAAAGUCCGUACCGGCGAAGAUGAAGCUGCAGGUGAAGAGCGGUCUAGUCGUUGAUCCCGAUUCGGGGCUCGCGGACAAGGCGCACGUGUACAAGUUCCAUGAUGUCAUCUAUAACUGCGUGCUGAACAAGGUUGACAUUCAGAAGGACAAAAAUUCGUUUUACAAAAUGCAGGUGCUGGAAGGAGACACGAAGAAAAAAUACUGGCUGUUCCGUGCGUGGGGUCGUAUCGGUACCACGAUCGGUGGUAACAAGGUGGAGAACUUUAGCUCGGCCGACAGUGCGAUGUCGGCGUUCGAGGACCUGUUUCAGGAGAAGACCGGCAACGACUGGGUACGGCACGAUUCCGUCUACAGCAAGAUGCCCGGUGCGUUCUACCCGAUCGAGAUCGACUAUAGCGAGACGAAGACGAAGCGUCUGGCGGAGAACAGCGGCAUCAAGUCGAAGCUGGCCCCAGCGGUGCAGGAUCUCGUGCGAAUGCUAUUCGAUGUGGACGCGAUGAACCGGGUAAUGAUGGAGUUCGAGCUGGACAUGGAGAAGAUGCCGCUCGGCAAGCUGUCGAAGCGUCAGCUGCAGUCGGCAAUGAAGGUGCUGUCGGAAAUUUCCACCCUCAUCGGCAGCGGCGGCUCCAACGCCGAGUUCAUAGCCGCCUCGAACCGGUUCUACUCGUACAUUCCGCACAACUUUGGCGUGUCGUCCGUCAAGGUGCUCGAUACGAUCGAGCAGGUAAAGGAGAAGCAAACGAUGCUCGAAAGCUUGAUGGAGAUUGAGUUCGCGUACUCGCUGCUUAACGAUGGCGACGAAUCGGCCCAGGAUGGCAAGAAUCCGCUCGACGCACACUACGACCAGCUGAAGACGUCCAUCGAGCCGAUGGCGCGCGAUUCGGAAGAGUUCGCACUGCUCGAGCAGUAUGUGCGCAAUACGCACGCGGAAACGCAUCGGACGUACGAGCUGGAGGUGGCGGAAAUAUUCCGCAUCAAGCGCAAGGGCGAGGAUCGCCGUUACCAGCCAUUCAAGAAGCUGCACAACCGCAAGUUGCUCUGGCACGGUUCGCGGCUGACCAACUUUGCGGGCAUUCUGACGAACGGGUUGAAGAUUGCACCGCCGGAGGCGCCGGUUACGGGUUACAUGUUCGGCAAGGGUAUCUACUUUGCCGACAUGGUGUCGAAGUCGGCCAACUACUGCUGCACCAAUGUGGCCGAUUCGACUGGGCUGUUGCUGCUGUGCGAGGUAGCGCUCGGUGACAUGCAGGAGUAUACGCAGGCACACUACGUAACGAAGCUGUCAACCGGUAAGCACAGCGUGAAGGGUAUCGGGCGCACUCAGCCGGAUCCGACCGGUUCCCAUGUGCGGCCGGAUGGGGUCGAGAUACCGAUGGGUAAGGGGGUUUCGAACGAAAAGCUGAAAAGCUCGCUGCUGUACAAUGAGUUCAUCGUGUACGACGUGGGACAGGUGAACUGUCAGUAUCUGUUCAAGAUGAACUUCAAGUACAAGUACUAAAGCCGGUUCGAUAAGCAUCGGAUAUGUUUUGGGAGUUGGUUUUGAUUGGUUAAGUUUUGCUUUGUUUGAUUUGCGUUACAAAACGACAUCAGAAUUAUUUGUGUUUUCUUGUCUGUAUUCUAUACCACCAUACAUUACAUUUGAUAUGUUAUCUGGUUCCAUACAUAUACCUAAUACAUAGAAUGCCAAAUCGGUCAGGCCAAAAUAUGAAAGAAUCGGGUAAAGAAAGCACUUUAUUAUACGUAAUAUUAAUGUUCCGUUUAUUGAAUUUUUAAUAAUACGUUCGAAGGCUUACACAUGCAGUGAUUAGAAAGAUAGACGACACAUAUAAUAUUACUAACUAUAAAUGUAAGCGAAUACUCAUACACGUUACCACAGAAUUCGAAACUGCUGGAAUACAGUAAGGAAUAGGAAUAGUCAGAAAAGUGUGUCAGAAGGAAUUACAUUUUAGAUUACAAAUGCUUUUUUAAGUCGUUCGAUGGUUAAAGAUCAAUGCAUAAAACUCUUCAACUCUUGAAGUUUCAUAAGGAGGAAUGCCAAUUUUUAUCUGCUAUUAUCACCUACUAACCUCAGUUAUCGUAAUUCCAUUGCAUUUGUUCGAAAUGUGCGCACCGUCCUUGAAGUUCAGGUGCAAAUAAACUUUAACGAAUGACACACAAA